AUGGGGACGCAGGGCAGCCCGGUGAAGAGCUACGACUACCUGCUCAAGUUCCUGCUCGUGGGCGACAGCGACGUGGGCAAGGGCGAGAUUCUGGAGAGCCUGCAGGACGGCGCCUCUGAGUCACCUUACGCCUACAGCAACGGCAUUGACUACAAGACCACCACCAUCCUGCUGGACGGCCGGCGUGUAAAGCUGGAGCUCUGGGAUACUUCAGGCCAGGGCAGAUUCUGUACCAUCUUCAGGUCCUACUCUAGGGGUGCACAGGGCAUCCUUCUAGUGUACGACAUCACCAACCGCUGGUCCUUCGACGGCAUCGACCGGUGGAUCAAGGAGAUCGAUGAGCACGCACCCGGGGUCCCCCGGAUCCUGGUGGGGAACCGGCUGCACUUGGCCUUCAAGCGUCAGGUGCCCACGGAGCAAGCUCGUGCCUACGCCGAAAAGAACUGCAUGACCUUCUUCGAGGUCAGCCCCCUGUGCAACUUCAAUGUGACUGAGUCCUUCACUGAGCUGUCGAGAAUUGUGCUCAUGCGUCACGGCAUGGAGAAGAUCUGGAGGCCCAACCGUGUGUUCAGCUUGCAGGACCUCUGCUGCCGCGCCAUCGUGUCCUGCACACCUGUCCACCUCAUUGACAAGCUCCCGCUGCCAGUCACUAUCAAGAGCCACCUCAAGUCCUUCUCCAUGGCCAAUGGCAUGAACGCAGUCAUGAUGCAUGGCCGCUCGUACUCGCUGGCUGGCGGGGGUGGGGGCACAACCAGCAAGGGCAACAGCCUCAAGCGCUCUCUCUCCAUCCGGCCACCCCAGAGUCCCCCCCAGAACUGCUCCCGCAGCAACUGCAAGAUCUCAUAG